AUGCAGUCACUCGUUUAUCUGUUCUUCUUUGCCAUUCUUCGCCUUGUCCAGGCCAUCACAUCACCUGACAUCUACUCUUUCACGCAGCCCGAUGUCGCCACUCCAGGCCUUGGGGAUGCUUCCCUCAGCCCUGCUGUGCCAUCUGCGUCAAGGCACGGUUCAGGUCCAGCUUCCGGCAUAAACGUUUUCCUACCGAACUACAAGUCCGACCCUAAUUGGCUUCCUUUCGUGCUCUCGCUCAAGACCGUGGGUCUACAGGUCAAGGUCAAUGAGGCUCUCAACAUCACCAGCCAGACCAGGACCCUUGUGGUCUACACGUCUCCCAGCGUGACUUACAGCCCGACUACCGCGGAUGUGACCACGCUGACGAACUUCGUGGCCAACGGCGGCAACCUCGUCUUCAUGAACCAAGUCCCUACUGCUCUCCGCUCGCUUGCAGGUGUUUCCGCGUCGACGAUUGACAACACGCACAAGAGAUCCAUUCUUCAAUUGUCCAAUGCGGCAGAUUCCAAAGCUGCAGCUCUCCAAGGAUUCAAUUUCGCCGAUUACUACGACAUUAGCAUGCCUAUCUACGAGAACUACACUGCACAGGGUCUAGUCAACGUUGGUUACACACUUGCGAAUGGAUCAGUUGCAUUGGGCAAUUGGAUUGUGCGAACCAACGGAGUUGACAGUGCCGACACGUCCGCUACCCACACUGCCUUUGUCAGGAACCAGCCGUCUGGUGCAAAGGGUCAGGUGUACAGCUUUGGAAUGGACCUUGGAUACCUCUACGUUCGUGCACUCGACGAGAGCGGUGGCUACUCUGAGAACUACGAUGGCUACUAUUACCCUGGCUACGACAUCGGAACCCGCAUCAUGAAGAACAUCGUCCUUUCCAGUGCUCACUAUGUCAGCCUCUGGACUGUUCCGUACAACAUGGGUUUGGCUUUCACCACUACCUGGGAUAUCGACACCUACGUAUCGUACCCGCACGGUCAAGGUAUGGCCGCUGCUGCCAUGGAACGGGGCGCAUACGGCAACCUGAACCUCCACACCAAGUACGUUACCGACGCUUAUGAGGCGGCAUACUUCCAGUACGGCAUACCAUACAUCUACCAGAUCACCGGGUUCCGACUUGCGUCUGAUGGAUACCCUCACAUUGAUUUCGGCAGUCACUCUGUCAGUCAUUCACCCAACGCUGUAGACUUUCCAUCCGGUACCGCCGCAGAGCGUUACCUUCAAGGCACCAAUUCGGGUUACUGGCCAUUCAUUCACGAAUGUUCCUCAACCACCUCGGAUGGUACACCGAACAAUGGCGAGGAGUGCGUCCAGGGUGGAACCAGUGGUCUCUCUUUCUGGACUGAGGACGGUACUGCGUCAGGUGAAGUACGUGUUUCCGGGUACCUCAUCCGUCACGUCAUGAACGAUCUCUUCGGCACGAACUACAAUCUGACCACCUACCGACCGGGUAACCUUGCAUGGAACAAGUAUCAAGCCAACCACUGCGUCGCGAAUGGAUACAUCGGCGGAUCCUCAUGCUCAGGUAACUCCCAUCUCACGCAUCUUCCGUUCCAGGUCACACACAACCGCGAAUCGUACCAGGAGAUUCCGUAUUACGAGUUCCCUCUCCAAUGGUCUGAUGGCGACGGCAACAUGAGCAGCGCCGAUUUCCCUGGCUCUGACUUCAGGAAGCAAGUCAAUGAUAUCAAGAACAUGGCACGAUAUGGCGGUCACUACAACAUCCUCCUCCAUCCUUCGGAUGCAGUUUUGGAUAAGAUUCAGAUCCAGCGUGCCCUCCACGAUGCUGUUCGUCCUUUCGGUGUCUUCUUCAACCAGACAGGUAUUGCCAACUGGUGGACUAUCCGGGACCGUGCUGCCGUAGACAUCACCGCCGCAAGCAGCACCUCGGUCACAAUGAGCGUUCAUCUGGAAGGUGCUGUUGAAGGACUCACGCUGCAGGUGCCAAAGACGUACACUUUGCAGUCGGCCUCCGGUUCGCUCUCAGCCUGCCAGCAGGUUUCUUACGACACGUUCACCAACGCUGUGGUCCUUCGCAACACCGCAAAGGGAGAGUACACUCUUACUUUCUCCGUCGGCACGGGUGCCUCCACUGCUUCUACAUGCCCUGACUUCACUACCCAACCGGCUACAGAGUGUGUGGCGUGGGAUGUUGCGGUCGAUGAUUUCCUCGAGACAUUCUUCUACAACAACGGCAUUAAUCUGCUCCUCUUGAAGACUGUCGAAACGGGUCUGGGCACCAACCAGGUCAACGGCGCAUUGCAAAUCACUUCGACCACGAGCGUCAACUCCUACUACACUGAGAUCUCGCGUUUCUGCUUUGACGCCACAGUUUACACCCACUUGUUUUUCGACACGAUCAUCCCUAAGGGUACUACCUUCUCUGUCCAGCUUGUAUCAUACGAUUCCGGCUGCAAUAACGAGAGGACAAGCACGACAUUCCUGGACAUCCGCGACUACGCUGCUGCUGAUGGUAACAACCACACUGUCUCGAUUCCUCUCACGGACUUUGCUGGGGAGAACUUCAACAACGUUCGUGGUGUCCGCCUCGUGAACAUCGCACCUGUCCAGGUACCCAUCUACAUCGAUAACAUCAAGAUCCAGAAGCGAUGUGUGACAGCGCCUGGAGAGGACAAGACGCCAGGUCUCGCCAUUGAAUCCUUCCAGAACGUCGACCGAUGGAUCACUGGCAUCAACAACAUCUUCGGUAAGACUGAUGAUGAUGGUACCAUGAAAUACGCCAAGCUCGCAGAGCUGGGUAAGAUGCAGCUGUUGCCCGCCAACGCCAACUCUUACAUCUACAGCCGCACUGCUGUGGGUGGAACCAAUCUCAACGCCAAGGGCUACACCGAUCUUUCGCUCAACGUUCGUGGUCCUGCUGGGGGCUCGUUCGACGUGGUUGUGACGUCCGGUACUGGCAACAGCAAUUCCACUGUCAACACCGGUACAUACGCAACCUUGAGCCAGAACAGCUAUUCGAACGUCACCAUCCCUCUUUCGAAGUUUUCUGGUCUCGACACCACCUCCAUCAGCCAGAUUACAUUGCGCAACUUCAACCCGAUCUCUGGCUCUUCUGCUGGUAACUUCACCGUGCGAUGGAUCUCCCUCCUUGGAAAUGGUACCAACACUACGACUCCUUCGACCUGCAACACUCCUGCUGGCCUUGUGGUGCUGGACUUCUGUGACCUGAACGAGUUCACGAAGCAGACCAGCGCUCUGGGUACUCCUUUCUCUGACGAUAAUACGAUGAGCUCUUAUAAUCAGACCGAGAGUGGAUACAUCAACCUUGCGCCUCGUGAUUCGGACUCGUACUUCUACUCGCUACUUGCACCAUCAUCCGGCAGCUGCGCGACUGUAAACAGCACCUACAAUGCUGUUACACUCACAGUAUCAGGCCCACAAGGAGCAACUGCCAACGUUGGUUUCAGGCACGGUGGCAACAGCUGCAACACCAAUGUGGUCACCGACUACGUCCCUGUUACCUUCAACACGGCUGUCACCGAGGUGUCUAUUCCAUUCUCGAAGUUCCCAAGUGGCUUCAACCAGAACUACCUCCAGUCCUUUGUUAUGACCGGUUUCAGCGUUGCAGGUGCGACGUACCAAAUCCACUCUUUGUCCUUCGUAGGAAACUCCAACAGCAAGGGUUGCGCACUUUGCGAGGGCACAUUGGUCGACACCUGCUCAUUCACCUCAGUGCCGCGUCAAAACUCGCUCAGUGGCCUGGUCACUGAUGAGUCAACCCUGAGCUCUUACACUGUUGACACUGACGGCUCGCUCAACCUGGGAAGCAAGGCAGACGCCUACUGGUACUCUCAGUUUGGCGCCAACGCUUGCUACGACUCUACCCAGAACAACGCCACAGGCUUGCAGCUCUCUGUCGCCGCCGCCGCCGGUACUACAUUCAACGUUGCAAUGCGUUGGAAGACAAACACUGGGUGCUCUACCGUCUCCUCGCCAGCCUCCGUCCCGAUCACCAACUAUGUCACCUUUGCUGGCAACUCAAGCUACCAAAUCGCUAAGAUUCCAUUCUCUGACUUCCCUGGCAUCAACGCCAGCAGGCUUGACAGCAUCGCUCUCUCCGGCUUCAACCCUACAACUGUCAACGUCAAGGUUGGCUGCAUUAGCUUGGUGUCCACUACUGCUGCGACUGUCCCGCAAACGUGCUCUUGCCCCACCAGCGCCUGGCUCAACUACUGCAGCGGCUCUGGCGCCGCGAACAAGAACGCGAACGGCGGUGCGCAGAGUGAUGACGGAACGAUGAGCAGCACGCCUGCUCUCGUCAACGGUGCCCUUCAAUUGAAGCCCGCUGCAUCAGGAUCAUACUGGUACUCGUUGUUGAGCAACGUCGACGUCUCGUCGAACACCGCUCUUACCCUGAACGUCUCCGCGAAGGCGGGUUCGUCUUUCAAUGUCCAGUUGCAGAGCAGCGGUCAGCGCAGCAGCCUUUCGAGCAGCGCCUAUGGUGCCAUGACGGGUAGCCCGGUUCUUCUCAGCAUCCCGCUUUCAGCGUUCACUGCGACGACCAGCGCACUGAACCUCAAGGCAAUUACUGCCGUUGUCCUGGAAUCGUUCAGCGACGCAACUGCCACGUAUGCUCUUAACUGCGCCUACUUCGGCAGCAACAGCACCUCGAAGGUCAGGCGCGACUCUGCCGUCACAGCCGACAACACAACAACCGUUGCUGGACCGCUUGCGCUUUGGCAACCCAGCUUCGUCUGGCACCACACCGGCAACAUCCACAAGCAUCAGCAUGACAACGAGACCGACAAUCAUGCAGUCCUCUUCACGAACUCGACGAAGCAUGCCAAGUUCAUAUAA